GUUCGCCGAUUGACGAUCGGUUUCGCUUCCCCCAUGGGAAGAAUGGGUAGCGGAGAGCGAGCCAUCCCUCCCUUUCCUCGACGUUGUCCGUGAUGGGAGUCAAGUCAAUCGUCGUUGUUCUCACAAUCUGAUCUCUCUUUGUGUGGAUUUCUCUUUUUUCUUCUCUUCCCGUGGCUUAAGUUUCUUGCAGAUCUUGGUUUAGAUACUAGUGAUAGGUUGAAGUAGAAGAGAGCGAAGGAUGUCAAACAACAGGAGCACGCACUGGUGUUACCAGUGCAGGCAAAGAGUCCGACCUCGUGAGAGGGACAUGCUCUGUCCCAAUUGUGAUUCUGGUUUUGUGAUGGAGCUUGAUGAGAUGGAGGACACCAUGAGCCACUUUGUUGGGAUGGAUCCUGAUGCUGUUCAUGAACCAUGGAUUAAUAUGAUGGAGGCCAUCUCUGUUAUGAUGAGGGAGGGGAGGACGGGAAGAAGACCUCACGGUGGGAUCAUGAGAAGAGCCAACAUGAAUUCAGGUUUUGGCAUGGAAUUUGGACCAGGACCUUGGUUGCUCUUUAGGGGACAGAUCCCAGUUCAUGCAUUCGAGGACCAUGGAUUGGAAGUCCUCCUUGAUGGGCAUCAUGGUGUUGGAGUUCGACGGACUGGCACGGCGGACUAUUUUGUUGGUCCAGGGUUGGAUGAACUGAUUGAACAACUGAUGCAGAAUAACAGGCACGGACCACCACCUGCCUCACAAUCAUCUAUUAAUGCCAUGCCCACCAUAAAAAUCAACCAGAGGCAUCUACAUGGAGACUCACACUGUCCCGUUUGUAAAGAGAGGUUUGAAAUAGGGUCCGAGGCACGAGAGAUGCCAUGUAAGCAUUUCUAUCACUCUGAGUGCAUCAUCCCAUGGUUAGAACAGCAUAACUCAUGUCCAGUUUGCCGUUGUGAGAUGCCAACUCAGGGUUCUGGCAGUUGCAGCAGUUCAAGAUCGAGUAAUCAAAGUCCAGGUAGUAGUUUGAGAAACAGUGGACGUUCACGCAGGAGUCUAUGGUCAUACUUGUGGCCUUUUCGUUCUUCAAGUUCUAAUUCUAGUUCUAGUUGAACCCAGUUGCUGUAAGCAUUCUGCUACUAAAUAAGUUUGGUUAUUCUGGGUAGCUUUGAUCUCUGUUAAUCCAUGGCCUUGUUAUAUUGUGUUGUAUUUCUCAGCUUAAUCGUUUGAAAAACUAGUGAAUUUACUUGUUUAAAAAGAUGUGUUUGCCCAUCAAA